AGCCUGAACAUGGAGAGCCUGCUCCUGACUGUCACACUAUCUAGCCUAGUGGCAAUUCUACAGACCCAUGAUGUCCUUCCCUCCAUCAAAGAAGAAGAUAAACUUUCAGGUGUCUGGUUCAUAAAGGCCACCGUGAGUCAAAGAGAAGUGGAGGCGAAAUCUCUGGUUGCAUUCCCUAUUAAAUUUACAUGCCCAGAAGAAGGAACCUUGGAGCUCAGGUACACUAUCAUAUCUAAGGGAGAGUGCAUUAAUUUAGGAAUUCGUAUGCAAAGAACAGAGGAGCCUGGUCAAUACAGUGCCUUUUUGGGUCGUAAUCUCUUCUACAUCUAUGAGCUUCCAGUGAAGGACCACUACAUCAUAUAUAGUACAAGCCACCCGUCUCAGAAAAUAUCUCAAUUGGGACACCUCAUAGGAAAGUGUCCAGAAGAAAACCUGGAGGCCUUGGAAGUAUUUAAGGAAUUCAUACAGCACAAGGGAUUUCUCCAAGAAAACAUCAUUGUGCCUGAGCAGAGGGAACGGUGUAUUCCCAUACAUGACAGUGCCCACCAGGACCACAACUGCUGAGACAGGUUUGCCAGUAGGACAUGGCAAUGACCUCCCUGGACAACACUUCACUGAGCUGCAUUUCCCCAACCUGAGUCCCACUCCUUCCUUAAAUUGUACUACCCUCUGGACUUCCUAACCUCCUGAUUUACCUUUUAACCCUGCUCUGAGACCCAUCUGAAUCCAAUAAAAAAAGUUUAGCAAUU